AUGACGUCCAUUCAAUUCGAGCCCGUCCAGUUGACCCCCCGCCUGGCGAUCCAGGCCCCGCUCUCACGCCAGGGCCAUGGGCCCGGAAUGCUGAUUGUGCGGAGCGCUAUCGCGCCGGAACAGGCGCAGAAGCACGAGACGCUCGACCCGGACCCACUACAAAAGUGGGCGGAAGAAAGCUACGUUGUAGCUCAGAUUGAGGCUUCUGAGGACCACGCGACGAUCAGGGAGGACAUCCACGCGGCAGUCAAGGCGCUGGAGAGCCAUGAGAAAUGCAGCAAGCCGGGCGCAAUUGGGCUGGUAGUGUACGGCCCCCUGAGCAUCCCUGGCCUGACGGAAGCCAUCGACACAUGCGACGAGAUCAUGGCGGUGGUCUCCUACGGCGCUCUGCCCACGACCCCGCGCAAACCGCAUCUCUACCACCUGUGCGGAGCUGGCGCCAAGACAGUCGGCAACAACGGCACCAUCUACCACUACCCGGAGGCAGCGUCGCCGGCCUUUGUGGUCCCGUCGCACCGGGACUUCUUGCCCGCCGCGGCGGCUGUCGCGCACACGCGCUGCCUUGAGCUGCUGAAAAAGCAGCUCGACGGGCCAUGGUUUGACCUGGAAUCCAUCUGGGAGGAACACACGCGGUAUGAGUUUGAUGAGCGAUCGGUGCCGGCGACGAUGGCCACCAUGGUCGCGGAGCCUUAUGUCAAUCAUAUCCCGACCAUGACAGGCGGGGUAGGGCGCAAACUACUCACUUCCUUCUACGCGAAACACUUUAUCUUUAACAACCCGGAAGACACGGCGCUGGAGCUUGUCAGCCGCACGAUCGGCAUCGACCGCGUCGUCGACGAGUUCAUCACCUCCUUUACCCACGACAUGAUGGUUGACUGGCUACUCCCUGGGGUGCCACCGACUGGGAAGAAACUCCGGAUCCCCUUUAUGGCCGUGGUCAACAUCCGGGGCGACAGACUAUACCACGAACACAUUACCUGGGACCAGCUCACCGUCCUGGUGCAGCUGGGCCUAAUGCCCGAAUACCUGCCGAUCCCGUACGCCCUGCCGCAGGGCCCGCCAGCCCCGCCGGCGGGGAAGCUGGAGUACCGCGUGCCGGGGGCGGGGGUGGAGACAGCCCUGAAGAUGGUCGACGAGAGCAGUGUCCCGUCAAACGAAAUGUUUCAGUUUGGUGUGCGGGAGGCCCAGUGAUUCUGAUACAGUCUAUACAAUGGCCACAGGGAUGAAGUACAUAUUGUAAACCCAAAUCUCAAUUCGGCUAUUUUACACCAGAAGCUAGCAAGAUCAAGUUGUAAAUAUGCGAGAAUAAUGCCUUCAAAUCAAGUUCCAUUGAGCG